GGUCAACCACACAACAACCUUCCACCUCCGAUCCCACCUCAAACCUUACCUCAGCUUCCACCUCAGGUCCCAACCAUAUUCCCUCCUGCUGAUCAUGCAGAAGGAGGAGAUGAAAACCAACCUCAUGCCUCAGCUCACAAUUCUACUUCCACUGCCAACCAAGACGUGGUGACAGCUCAGCUUGCUGCCAUGCAGCAGCAGUUUGGUGUUUUUCAGUUAGUACUAGCUCAACUUCUAGCUAGAAAUAAUCCUGGUGAUCCCCUCAUUAAUUUAUUAAACCCCGCUCAACAACCCCCAGUUCCACAACAAAACCCCCAACCGGUUCAACCUAUUCCCGCUGUUAGUGAAUCCCAAGGUCAAUCCCACAUAGCACCUGCUCAGCAACCCAUCCCAGAUGAUGUCACCCGACGCCUCGAUAGCUUGGAAAAGCUAGUAGCUGAACACCGAGGUGCUCCACCCCCACACCAUGCUGCUGAUUCUAUACCUCACCCUCUGAAUACUAACAUCACACUGGAACCCUAUCCUACUGGCUUCAAAAUACCACAACUGGAGACUUAUGAUGGGACGAAGGAUCCCGAUGAUCACCUGCAUGCUUUCUACUCUUGCAUGCAAGCUCAGAACGCCUCUGACGCGCUGAUGUGCAAAAUCUUCCCCUCUACUCUACGAGGUAAUGCUCGAACUUGGUAUUACAGUCUACCCCCGAGGUCAAUUAGCUCUUACACAGAGAUGGCAUCCGCAUUUGCCACUAAGUUUUCCAGUAGAAGGUUGAUUAGGAAAACUACCACUGAAUUGAUGCGAGUUAAACAGAGGGACGGAGAGUCUCUAAAGAACUAUAUGAGCAGGUUCAAUGAUGCGGUGUUGGAGGUUAGUUCCUUCAACCAAGCUGUGGGUAUUGCAGCUGUAAUUUCUGGUCUCAAGCAUGACAGGUUCAGAGACAGUUUGAUCAAACAUGCUGCCACCACCUUCAGCGAGGUGAAUGAUAGGUCUCUCAAAUUUAUAACUGCUGAGGAAUACGCCCUGGCACAAAACCCACAUUCCUCUAAGAACCAGAACCCAGAAUGGAGAGAUGACAAUCCGAGCCGGAAAAGGAUGAGGAUGGCGCAGAACCAAGGUCCGAUGUUGACCUCCCCAACGAGAUUCGGAAGGACGAACUCAACUCCCCCGCAACAACCUGCAGGUAAACCUCCAGUUAACUGGACUCCCUUUAAUCUGCCGAGGUCACAAAUUUUUAUGCAGAUUAAGAACAAAAUGGACUUGAGACGUCCUGGCCCGAUGCGAACUGCUGCUGCUAGUCGAGACCAUACCAGAUAUUGUGAUUUUCACCAAGAUCACGGCCAUACUACAGAGCAGUGUAACAGUCUAAAGCCCGAGCUGGAAAGUUUAGCUCAGAAGGGAAUGUUGAAUGAGUAUGUACAUCGAGCUGAACAGCCAAGGUUUGUCAGAGAACAGAGGCCGCAGCCUCAAGGAGCCCGCAAUCCCCCAAAUAGGCAAGGUGUGGGAUAUCAACAAACCCCACCUCCACUCCCACCACCUGCUAGAAUCAUACAUAUGAUUACGGGAGGCCUUGAAGCAGGUGGACUGAGCUCUAAGCAGCGAAAGCUGUAUGUCAGGGAGGUUAAACAUCAAAACCGAGCUCAGAAGCGGAAGAUUGACGAUGCUGAAUGGAAGAAUCAACCAAUUACUUUCACAUCUGCUGAUCUUGAUACAGUUGUUACACCCCACAAUGAUCCUUUGGUCACUUCUGUCAUGAUUAACAACUGUGAAGUACAACGUGUCCUUGUUGACACCGGGAGUGCACCAAAUAUCAUGUAUUUCCACUGUUUCGAGAGUCUGGGAUUAGAUCCAGGUCUGUUGCAGAAGUAUGAUGGUCCUAUCUAUGGUUUCAACAACCAGCUUGUUCCGGUAGAAGGAGUUCUUACUCUCCAUGUGGCUUUUGGAAGUGGCAGAACCUAUGUAACCCCGUCGGUCCGGUUCCUAGUCGUCAAAAUGGCGUCCUCUUUCAACAUUGUUAUUGGUCGACCCACAUUGACCGAAAUCCGAGCUGUGGUUUCCCAAUCUCACCUCUGCAUGAAAUUCCCCACUCCAAUGGGAAUAGCAACAUUGUGGGGAAACCAGGAGGUGGCCAGACACUGUUAUAUCACCUCGGUAACACAACCCAUGAAGGACAAAGCUCAAACUCCCGAAGCCAUUCCCCAGCAAAUUUCUGAUAAUCAGCAAGUUAUGGCUGUUGAGAUCGUAGAUAAUCGACCAGAAGAUGAAACCAGAGCUGCUCCGGUCGAAGAUGUUGAAGAAGUGCUCGUUGAUGACAAAGAUCCGAGCCAAAAAACGCAGAUCGGAACUAGAUUGAACCCGGAGGAGAGAGCAGAACUGAUAGCUUUUCUCCGAGCUAACAAUGAUGUAUUUGCGUGGACUUCGGCAGAUAUGCCAGGAAUUCCAACUUCAGUAUGUCAACAUAAGCUCAGUACCAACCCGUUGAAGAAACCAGUGGCCCAGAAGCGGCGUCUCUUUGGGGGGGAGAGGCUUCAGGCUGUUAAAGAAGAGGUAGAGAAACUUCUACAAGCUGGUUUUGUCCGGAAAGUUGAUUACUGUGAAUGGGUGGCUAACCCAGUUCUGGUGAAGAAAGCCAAUGGCAAAUGGCGAAUGUGUAUUGAUUACACAAAUCUUAACAACGCCUGCCCCAAGGAUUGCUAUCCAAUGCCGAGCAUUGACAAACUAGUUGAAGCAGCUUCAGGCAAUGAGAGGUUAAGCCUCUUGGACGCAUACUCGGGGUAUCACCAGGUACCAAUGGCUCCAGAAGACGAAGAGAAAAUCGCGUUCUAUGCUGGUGAUGAAAUUUAUUGUUAUGUCAUGAUGCCGUUUCGCUUGAAGAAUGCAGCCAACUUCUACAAUAAACGGGUCCGCCCUCGAACUUUCAAAGUAGGAGACCUUGUUCUCAGAAAAGCUGGCCUAACAGGAUUUGAAACUCGUUUUGGCAAACUCGCCCCAAAUUGGGAAGGCCCUUAUGCCGUGGCCGAAAUGCCACAUCCUGGUGCCUAUAUUCUCCAAGACGCUUAAGGAAAGAGAGUUCCUAGAGUCUGGAAUGUCAAUAACUUGAAGAAAUUUUACCCCUAAUAAAAUUCUUUCAAGUGUUCUACGUCUUACUAUUCUUUACGUUUCUCACUUCAUGUUUGUUGAGAUUCAUUUUACUUCUUAUUCUAUGUACUCGAGGUUAAUUAGUUC